AUGGAUGCAAGUGCAGCGGCAGCUCCGCCACAGGAAUACCUAGACGCGAUUGGGUCUACGCAGUACAGACGGAAUGUUUUCAUCUCAUUUUGGUGCAGUUUUGCUGCACUUUGCAUAUAUUUUUGGUUCUCAAGAAGGGAUUACAAUGGAUUUUUGAAUGCUCCAAAAUACGAGAACUUUUACUGCUUUACAGAUAGAUAG